CUCUUUCAGGGAACGGUUACCUUCUAGGAAGUGGCUGUGCAUUUCACCAAGGAAGAGUGGGCUCUGCUGGACCCUACUCAGAGAGCCCUCUACAGAGACAUCAUGCAGGAGAACUAUGAGAAUAUGACUUCGCUGGGGUUUCCAGUUUCCAAACCUGAUGUGAUCUCACAGCUGGAAAAAGGAGAAGAGCCGUGGGUCUCAGAAAUCCAGGACUCAGAGGAACAAGGGAUCCUGAGAGGUGCCUGCACAGCAGGUGAUGAGAUGGUGACUGAGAAGGAGGGUCAGAAUCUUCAGCAGAUGGAUGCUGAGCAAGUGGAACCACACAGGAUGUUAUUGCAGAGAUCCAAAGGGAAUGUGUCCAGACAUCUUGAGCAAGGAAAACUGUAUGAGAGUCACCACAGGAGAGAGAGCCAGCCAGGGGAGAAAGAGAGUAAAUCCAUUACUUGUCAGGCAACUCACAAAGACCUCAGGGGACCCACAGGACAACACAUAAACCUCACAGAAGAGGGAAAAAACACAUGCACUGAGUGUGGGAAAAACUUCCGAGGACGCUCAGGCCUUAGUAAUCAUAAGAGAAUCCAUACGGGAGAGAGACCCUAUGAAUGCAGUGAGUGCGGGAAAACCUUCACUCAGAGUUCUCACCUCAUUAGACAUGAGAGAAUCCACACUCGGGAGAGACCCUACGAAUGCUGUGAGUGCAGGAAAAGCUUCACUCGGAACUCAGACCUUAUUACACAUCAGAGAAUCCACACAGGGGAGCGGCCCUAUGUAUGCUGUGUGUGUGGGAAAACCUUCGCUCAGCGCUCAGCCCUUACUAAACAUCAGAGGAUCCACACUGGGGAGAGACCCUAUGAAUGCAGCGAGUGUGGGAAAAGCUAUACUCGGAGUUCAGACCUUAUUACACAUCAAAGAAUCCACACAGGGGAGAGACCCUAUGAAUGCAGUGAGUGUGGGAAAACCUUUACUUGGCGCUCAGCCCUUACAACACAUCAGAGUAUCCACACAGGGGAGAGACCCUAUGAAUGCAGUGAGUGUGGGGAAACCUUUGCUCAGCGCUCAGCUCAUAUUAGACAUCUGAAAAUCCAUGCAGGGGAGAGGCCCUAUGAAUGCUGUGAGUGUAGGAAAAGCUUUACUGAGAGCUCACACCUUAUCACACAUCAGAGAAUCCAUACCGGAGAGAAGCCCUACGAAUGCUGUGAGUGUGGGAAACGGUUCAGUCAGAGCUCAUACCUUACUAAACAUCAGAGAAUCCAUACCGGAGAGAGACCCUAUGAAUGCUCUGAGUGCGGGAAAAGGUUCACUGACCACUCUAGCCUUACUAAACAUCAGAGAAUCCACACAGGGGAGCGGCCCUAUGCAUGUGGUCAGUGCGGGAAAAGCUUCACUGAGAGUUCGCACCUUAUUACACAUCAGAAAAUCCACACAGGCGGGGGAUACUAUGAAUGCACUGAGUGUGGGAAAAGCUUCACUGAGCACUCAACCCUUACUAAACAUCAGCGAAUCCACACAAGAGAGAAACACCAUCAGUGCACUGAGUGCGGGAAAACCUUCUCUCAACGCUCACACCUUAUGAAUCAUGGGAGAAUCCACACAGGGGAGAGACCCUAUGAAUGCAGCGAGUGUGGAAAAACCUUCACUUGGCGCUCAGCCCUUAGACAUCAGAGAAUCCACAGUGGGGAGAGACCCUAUGAAUGCAGUGAGUGCGGGAAAUGCUUUACUGAGAGCUCACAACUUGUUAGGCAUCAGAAAGUCCACAAGGGAAAUGAUAAAUGAUAAAAACCAAAUCCAGGGGCUCACAAAUGAUUUUUUCCCUUUAAUACUUUUCCUAAUUCUGACAUCAAGACCUUUAAGGCUGUCUGCACCGUUUGCUUCACCAUGGUCCCUCAGCACCCCAUGUGGUUUCCUAUUUUUGUUUUUUACAGCUCGCCUUUCUUUGGGGUGAAUCUCGUGGGCUUUUCUGUAAAACUCCAUAGUCCCUAUGACUCAGGGGAAUGUGUGUCCCUCCUGCCAGGAAUGUCAGUCAGCUCAAGGUAUGGGAAAUAAAGGUCUAGCUAUAUCAACAUAAAAUCUACCCGGGCUUCAUCCCCAGUAGGAUUUUUCAUGGAGUUACAUAGCUCUCGUUAGCUAUCCUGAUGUAAAAUCCCAACUAUUCUUGCAGUAAUGACAUAGAUCAUGUCUAGGGUUAUCUAGCAUAUUUCCUUAUGACCUGACCCAGAAUUCAUUUCCUAGUCAAAACCAAUCUGGAUCAUCACAUUUAUACUCUUCCUCCCAUUGCAAAGUGACUGUUAUAGCCAUGGAGUUCACCCUCUGGAACAGAUCGUCUCAUUCCCAGUUGUUCAUACAUUGGAUUUGGGUGUGCUCAAGAUGCUUUGUACCCUUUUCCUCAUUUAAAAUACAUUUAAAUAUAACAAAGAGCAGAAGCAGGGUGGGGAAAAGUGUGGUUUCAGCCUCUGUGAAACCUGAAGGCGAUGGGGUGAUUUGCAGGGAUUCCCUCCUGCAGCAUCGCCCCAGCUGUGUUACCUUCUAAGUUUAUCUUCUUCACUUUCUGCCCAUCCACCUCCCAAAAUGUCCACGCUCAGAGGCUAAUACACUUGAAUUCUAGAAAGGAGCUGUGACGCUAUCAGGUUGCCAGCUCAGACCAAGGCAGCAGCCUAAUUCAUUCACAUGUGAAGAGUAAUCAACGGAGUGUCAAAAGGUAUUGUACUGUGAUCAGGCCAAUUCACUUCUGUGUUGGUAUAUUUCAGAGGAAAUGUAAUGUUAUUGUUCUUGCUUAUCCAUAAACCUGUUGAUUGCUAUAACCUUAUAUAAUACCCUACACAGCUGUGAGGAGAGCCAACUUUAGGAUACUGUUAACACCAAUACUAUAAAAUUGCAAGGAAUUUGACCAGAUAUACCAUGUAAGGUAUUUGUGAAAACAUUAUGAUUUGCCAAGUAUGAUGAUCUUGUUUAUGUUUGUAUCACCUUUGUAUUGUGUGUUAUAGAUAUGUAGGUUAUAGCUGUAUUUCGAACUUGUGCUGUGCAUAUGAGAGACACCCCCAGACAGAUUGGCAUCAGUACUGCCUAGCCUGUUUGAUGGCUCAUCAACGGUCAUCAGCUGUACAAUGAACCCAUUGAAAAAGCCAGGGACUAACACCUUAUGAGUCAGCAAGGCACAUGGUCUGCUUUUGAACAUAACUGUAAGCCUUUUCCAUGCCAUGGGCUGUGAAGCUUGUGUUUGGGACAGGAAGUACAGGCCACAUGGCAAAAGGAAUAUAAAGGGAAGCUGCCUCAUCUCUAUUUUGUCUUCAUUCCUGCUUCUUCCUCUUUUCUACAAACAAAGAUCUGAACAAAGGACUGAAUGACUCAUCCAAGUUGUGGAUGUGUUUCAGAGGGACUUUCAAGCCAGCAAACUCAUCAACACUGCUGAGAACCUGAUAUAUGGACUUUGAAGUCUCUGUAUGUAUCUGAGUAUUUUAUCAUUCAACAACUCUCUUCUUGUUCUUUCUUUUUUCCUUAUAAGCCUUUAGUUUUAGGUGCUAAAGGAUUGGCUGGCAGCUUGGUAUUUUGGGUAAGAUACAACCUAAUACUGACCUGGUAACAUGGCUGACCCUUUGGGGUUAGAAGAUCAUUUUGUAUAUGUGAGCAGAGUUUUAAAAUAACUUCUCACUGUAUUGGAGCUAGGUGCUGACUGGGAGCCAGAGAACUGGAAUGCAAUAAACGGGGCAGUGUGCUUUUUUUUUUAGCUUCUUGAUAACCAGUGUGGGGGGAGCAGAAGCACAGUUUGUGACUGAUUGAAGAGUUUAACUUCAGUGUUAACCACCAGUUCUGGGAGUAUCUGCUCUCCCUUUUGCAGCCUGCCCUGAACUUGGCAUUUUCAGUAAGGGCUGCCCCAGGCACCAGUUAGUCACACCAGGUACUCCACCCCGCAGGUGAUUACACAUAAUAUACUCAGCUAUGAGAACCUCAUUGGUGUAUGUGCUUGUGAAUUUCCUUUUUCUUCCCCUUUAUAGCUACUUUUCUCUAUAUGACUGAAGUCUACCUUAGCAUUACAUAGUUACGUUUGCAUGGAUGUGGAAUAAAAAUCUACUUACGG